AUGGGCAACUUGCAGUCCAAGAAGCUCCCUGACGAUCAGCUGAAGGAGCUCCAGAAGUCAACCAAUUUUGACAAGAAGGAGUUGCAGCAAUGGUAUAGAGGUUUCCUCAAGGACUGCCCGAGCGGCAUGCUGAGCAAGGGCGAAUUCCAAAAGAUCUACGCCCAGUUCUUCCCCUUUGGUGACCCAAGCACAUUCGCCGACUACGUCUUCAACGUAUUCGACACGGACAAGUCAGGAACUAUUGAUUUCAAAGAAUUCAUUUGUGCUCUGAGUGUUACCAGCCGGGGUAAGAUGGAGGACAAGCUGGAUUGGGCGUUCCAACUGUACGAUAUCGACGGCGAUGGAAAGAUCAGCUACGACGAGAUGUUGAAGAUUGUGGAGGCGAUUUACAAGAUGGUCGGGUCCAUGGUUAAGCUCCCAGAAGACGAAGACACCCCCGAGAAGCGCGUCCGCAAAAUCUUUAGGAUGAUGGACAAGGAUGAGAACGGCAGCCUUGAUAUGAACGAAUUCAAGGAAGGCUCGCAGCGGGAUGCCACCAUUGUGUCGGCGCUGUCGCUCUACGACGGGUUGGUGUAA